GUCAGAUUCACACUGAGUGGAAUCAUCUGCUCCAUCUUCAGUCUUUUUCACUUCAUAAGUGAUCACAGUUUCGGAAAGUAUGAUCAGUGUUCCUGUAGACGUGGGAUAACAGCUUUGCAGAUCUUAUUUUGUCAGUCAGCUUUAUGAUGGCGGAUGAUGCUUUAUGACCCAGAAUAGUUCAGUUCACAGCUGUGCGUUAUCAAGAGUAAGUAGUUGGAAUUUCUUGAUCUCUUAAGAAUUUGAGACUUUGGUGUUCCUCAACUUUUGACUGGUACCGUACAUGCACUUAUACUGUAUAAAUAAUCAUUUCUGUCUGGUUUCACACAUGUACAGGAAAUUCAAGACAUUUUUGGGUCUCAACGUGCCUUUGUCACAAUCAGUUACAUUAAAAAAAAAAGUUUUACAUUGUUUUAAAGGAUAUUGUCGGGCAGUAUAUUAAUUUGCACACAUCCUAGUUUGUAUUUUUUUCUAUUGACAUUCAUGCACUUAAAAAUACAUUAAUUCGAAGUUACCCACCAAUUAGCCUACGUAAUAUUUGAUGAGUAUUUUUUUAUGAAAUACUCACUACUUUUACUCAAGUAAUUAUUUGGAACACUACGUUUUACUCAUAUUCUGGACUAACACACAGUUAGUUAUCUUGAGUACAUCGACUACUCAUACCGUUGCUGUAGUGUUGUCAAUUGCACCCCGACCAAAUAUUUAUGGCCUCAGCAUACAUCAAUAUUUUUAAUUGAAGUAAUUUAACAUUUAGUAAUAAUCUCCAAAAUGUUUAUCAGCACGUUUGAGUUUGGGGUGGGGGCAAACUAAUCGCGGCAAACAGCGCCACUCAGCGGCAAACUAGUCAUUUCCCCAUUCCCAAAAUAGACUUCACCUCCCAUGAUGCUUUGCCCAUGAACGUCGGCGAGUCAUGCGGGAGGAAACCGGAGUGGGCACGCGUUACGCUGCACGAAGUAGAAACUUCGGGGAAAGAUGCACGAAGAGGAGGAUGUCGUUGAGCCGAACUCCGGCCCAGCUCCUCAGCUACAAGCCUCCGUCAAGGCGGUCGACGGAGUCGACGUGGAGGUGCCGAAGGAGCACACACCCAAGCUGUGCGGCUUCUUGAGCAAACUGUCCGGGAAGGGGCCCCUGAGGGGGUACAAGCCGCGGUGGUUCGUUUACGAUCCAAGGAAAUGUUAUCUGUAUUACUUCAAGAGUCCUCAGGACGCCUUGCCUCUUGGACACAUUGAAAUAGGCGAUGCGUGCUUCAGCUACGACGUGGAAGCCGAAGAGGGACACUUUCAGAUCAGCACGGCCGGGAAAGAGUUUCUACUUAAGGCCCCCAGCAAGCAGGUGAUGCACUCCUGGCUGCAGCAGCUCCAACAGAAACGUUGGGAGUUCAGCAACUCACGAGGCUACGGGCAGAGGGACAGCUGGAGCUCGCCCACUUUAGCCUACCCAAUUAGUGGGCUUGUAGCCGAAGACAAUGAUGCGUUCCUCUUCGAGAAGCUCAGCGACAGCAUGGAGAAGGUCCGCAGUGACUUUGCCUUGGAGUCCGAGACUGAAGGCGGUGGAACGGUUGGCAUCCAAUCGGCGAGAGGGACGUCCAAUUCCACAAAUACCCUCAAUUUCUCGCUCAAGAAUUUUGGUACAGAGCUCAGGAACUCGAUGUCAUAUCUGCGACCGGGUCGGGGAGGCGAGAGCAGACGCAGUGUGUUUUACACCGGCAACAACAGCAGUGCAGAUGAUUGGGAGCUGGUAGAUGCUCCACCCAAAGACUUCCCCGAACACAAACCUCAUCCAUAUACUCACAGACAUUCCUUUGGAUCGGCGAUUGAGUUUGUGGGCAACUCGUCAAGGCCCAAGUGGACUCUCCUCCGUGACAUGAUGGGCUCCGGGAAGUUGGGCCGCAACGCGGCCGAGAUGCGCAGUGCAGAGAGCUCCCCGGUGGAGUUUAACGGCAAGUUUUUGGAGAUGCAACUUCGUCUCCAAAGCCAGCAGGAGGAAGUGUGUCGCAUGCAACAGGAACAAGCCAAACUCAAGGAGGAGCUGGUCAGUCAGAAGGAGCUGGUGAGACUAUUGCAGCAGACCUUAAGAACAUCCCAGAGCGAUCGCCAGCCAGCACAUCGUCCACUGCCGCCUUCCGAUAGAUCUUCCGCUGAGUACAAUCAGACUCACCACCGAGAAGUAAGCCCGGAGGAGGUUGCACGUUUAGAGGCCCAUGUUGAGGAACGAGAUGGACAGAUCCAGUCCCUGUGCGGCCAUAUGGAGCGUUUGGCCUUGGAGAAGGAAAGCCUCCAGCAAGAGCUGAAGGGUCUGAAAAUCAAGGUUGGGGAGAUAAACGACCAGCUGGGCAUGCUGAUGGAGACCAUUCAGGCCAAAGAUGAAGUCAUCAUGAAACUGUCGCAGCAGAGCUCUGAGCUGAGCGGGACUCCAAAUGACGGUUCACCGGCUCCCAGAAAAGACCAACAGGAACUGGACAUCCUCAAGGACAGUCUUCAAGGGUUUAAAACUCAAAACAAAUUUCUAAACAAAGAGAUCCUGGAGCUGACAGAGUUGCGCCGAAAUGCUGAAAGUCGUGAGAAAGCCUUGGAGGCAAAGUACACAGCCCUGGAAGCCAAGCUGUGUCAGGUGGAGAGUAAAUAUCUGGUGCUGCUCCAAGAAGUGAAGAACCCAGUGUGCUCAUCUUCGGAGCCGAGUCCUGCUGGGGAGGUCAUCUCCCGAUUGUUGGAGGACGCUCUACAGUUGGAGAGCCCCGAGCAGGAAGAGAACCAUAUCUUUAGACCCAACACUGUCAGCGAGUAUGACGUGUAUGGUUUCAAGACGUUGCCCGAGGAAGAGGAAGAGGAGGAGCGCCUCGUCGCCAAAGUGAGAGCCUUGGAGCUCAAGUCUCUCUCCAUGACGGAUCAGGAGGUGUCUGUCGGCGUCAAGUGGGAGAACUAUCUGUCCGGCACCAUGAACCGGAACUUGGUUCGCUCCCCCGAGCUCAAAACGUUGAUCCGCUGGGGUAUUCCCCACGAGCAUCGCUCUCAGUUGUGGCGCUGGUGCGUCUCCCUCCACGUCAAGAAGUUCCGGGAGCACUUGCCGGCCGAUUAUUAUGAAACGUUACUGAACGUGGCCCGGGACAAACCCAACCCUGCUUCGAAGCAGAUUGAGCUGGAUUUAUUGCGAACUUUACCCAACAACAAGCACUACUCUUCUCCCAGUGCGAUCGGCAUCCAGAAGCUCAGGAAUGUUCUGGUGGCUUUCUCCUGGAGAAAUCCGGACAUCGGCUACUGCCAGGGACUAAACAGAUUGGCAGCUAUUACGUUGCUGUAUUUGGACCAAGAAGAUGCCUUUUGGAGCCUCAUAGCCAUUGUGGAAGUGUUCAUGCCGAGAGAUUACUACACCAAGACUCUGCUUGGCUCGCAGGUGGACCAGCGUGUGUUCAAGGACUUGAUGAGCGAGAAGCUGCCGCGACUCCACGCCCACUUUGAGCAGCACAAGGUGGACUUCUCGCUCAUCACUUUCAACUGGUUCCUGGUGGUGUUUGUGGACAGCGUGGUCAGCGAUAUCCUCUUCAAGAUCUGGGACGCCUUCCUCUACGAAGGUCCAAAGAUUAUAUUUCGCUUCGCCCUUGCUCUCUUCAAAUACAAGGAGGAGGAGUUUUUGAAGUUGCAGGAUUCCACCACCAUCUUCAAAUAUCUCCGUUAUUUCACUCGCACAAUCCUUGAUUCCAGGAAGCUAAUGAACAUCGCUUUCGUGGACAUGAAUCCAUUCCCCAUGAGGCAGAUCCACAACCGGCGUUCCUUCCACCUGGAGAAGGUCCGCCUGGAGCUGACCGAGCUGGAGGCCAUCAGGCAGACCUUCCUGCGGGAGAGGGAGACGUCUCAGGACGGACGCAGCUUUGUCAGCGACGACGAAGAAGACAACUGAAAACCGUCUGGUCGGAUGUGGUAUAGGACAGGAAUGUGCUUUGACACAGUUUGCGUUUCAUUGUUGCUGGACCAAUCAACUUGUGGACCAAAAUAUCGUAGCCUAUCAGUAUUCCUGCCUUUUUUCCUUUUUUAUGUUUUACAUCGCUCUUGUGUCUUUACAUUACAACUUGUCUUACGGUGGCUGUCCGAAUCGUUUUUUCUUUCUUUUGUGGCUGUAACAUUUUAUAUGUACAUGUGCAUCUCAAUCAAUUAAUCAAUUGUGGAAAAUGCCAUUUUAGUGCAUUUCAAAAAGUAAAACCAUUAUAUAGAUUCACUGCACACGGAAUGAAAUAUUUCAUGAUUCUAUUACGAAUUUUGAUGAUUAAUAGCUUACAGCAAGCCAAAACUCACAAUCCAAAUUUCAAAUAUGUAAUAUUCCAGUGUUUUUGGGGCCCC